UGCGCACUACUUGAGACACUUGGCAACGGGCUAUCUGAGUCACCUUAUCAGCGCAUGAAUUUAGUAAAAAAAAAAACUGACCCCGCCCCCACGUCCUUCCAACCGGGCUACACAGGGGUAGAAAGGCAGCGUAAUAAAGUAACGCAUGCGCACUGGCGUCGAAUAUGUCGCUCUCCUUGCUUAGCCGAUCUCGCUGGAGUUGUAGUCGGCUACGGUACCCUUUUAUCCCCAAAGAAGCAGUGUGUGUGAACCAGGUGCACAGCAGUACCAGUGUGCUCACAGACCGGUGCUAUGAGGGUCUGUAUCCUGGACAUAUCCUCACCACUCCCUUCCAGAAAGCCCUGUUGGCUGUGGGCUCAGGUGUGGCUGCACUACACGACCCCUACAGACAUGAUAUGGUGGCAGUGCUCGGGGAGACAACAGGUCACCUGGCGUUGAAAAACCUCAGGGAGAAGAUGAGAAACGACCCCGAAGGCUUGACGAUCCUUACAGAAAGGCCAAGGAUCCGGUUGUCUACACUUGAUCUAAAAGAAAUGGCCUCUCUGCCUGACGGCUCUCUGGGAAGAGAAUAUCUUCGUUUUCUAGAGGAUAAUCUUGUGACCCCCGACUCGAGGGCAGACGUGAAGUUUGUAGACGAUGAGGAGCUAGCUUACGUCAUGCAGAGAUACAGGGAGGUUCAUGAUCUCCUCCAUACCUUAUUGGGCAUGCCCACCAACAUGCUGGGUGAAGUGGCAGUGAAAUGGUUUGAAGCUGCUCAGACUGGGCUCCCCAUGUGUGCACUCGGAGCUGUGUUGGGGCCUCUUCGGCUGAAUGCAAGCCGUUUGCAGUCGCUGUUCACUUCCUUGGGCCCUUGGGCCCUGCAGAAUGGUCGCCGGGCCCGCUGCGUUCUUAGCAUCUUCUACGAGAGACGAUGGUCGCAAAACAUCGAAGACCUGCGGCAGGAGCUCAACAUAGAGACCCCUCCCGUCACUCUCACUGCUCCCAGCCGAAGAAACAUCUGAGGACAAAAAGAGCCAAAGUUUGGUGUGUUUUUUUAAACUUUGAAAUGUGAAUCAGUCAUCAAGUCAUUUCUGUCCAUCAGAUUUGAUUCAACACGUUGUGGUCAGCAUCCACCAGUUGAUGAGGAAGUGUAUUUGUAUCAUAAAAGAAUAAAAAAUAAAAUGUAUAUUAAAUAUGUAAAUAAUAUUGGCAUUUGUCUGAUAUAAUUUUUAAUGCCAAUAUUUGGCAAGUUUAAUUGGUAUUUUUGUACUGUUUGUCAUUUAACAUUAUGUGGACAUGCAGGCUGAACUAACCUUUAUGGUUGGGAAAGGAACAGGUGUUAGCUUAAAACACCCAGAGCAGCUGCCCCUUAUCACACACCCGCUUGAUGUGGCCUCAUUUUGAAAGUAGUGGGAACAGUUGCUGGAAGUGUUUGUCUGUGGGCUGCCAGGCGUAUAAGAUAUCAAUCAUGUGGAAAACACUGCUCAAUAUUGUUCUCAUUAAAGUCAUGUAGUGAGAAACAA